GUUAGCAACAGUACAGAUGUUAGCUGUCAGAUUUUUGUGUUGUGGUAAUGAAACACGCAUUAUACCGCGGUGUGUUUUCAUUUCUCUUUUAACGGAGUGAAACAUUAUCGCAUCAAGUGGGUGCUCUCCUCUUCACCAGUUGGCCUGCGUGCGGCAGCAGAUGUUCUGGUGGGAUCUUUCCCUCGGAUACUGGCUCUUUGCCUGAUCCUGAAAUCCCAGCAGAGCAGGAUGGCUGAUACUGGGAACCAGUCAUGUCUGAUGGGAGCUGAGGACAUAGUCUCCCUCUUGGUGUGCUGGUUUCACGUGUGGGAAGAAUGGGCGGGCCUUGGUCAGGUGGAGGACUAUCUCAGUGUUUUGGAGUACCUGUUGUGGGUCUUCACCCCUCUAGCUGUCGUCUUCAUCCUGCCAUUCCUCAUCGUUAUCCUGCUGUACCUCUCGAUACUCUUCCUCCACGUCUAUAAGAGGAAGAACCAGCUGAGGGAAGCGUACUGCAACAACCUGUGGGACGGAGCCAGGAAGACAUUGGCUACUCUGUGGGAUGGUCACGGAGCCAUUUGGCAUGGCUAUGAGAUCCAUGGGAUGGAGAAGAUCCCUAACAAAGGACCAGCUCUGAUAGUCUACUAUCAUGGAGCCAUUCCAAUAGACUACUACUACUUCUUGGCCAAUGUUAUCAUCCAGAAAGGACGUACCUGCCACUCUGUAGCUGACCACUUCCUCUUCAAGAUCCCCGGUUUCAAACUGCUGUUGGAGGUGUUCAGUGUGAUCCAUGGCCCUCAGGAGGAGUGUGUGCGGGCUCUGAGGAAUGGCCACCUGUUGGGAAUUUCUCCAGGUGGAGUCCGUGAAGCUCUGUUCAGUGAUGAGACCUACCCUCUUCUGUGGGGAAAACGAAAAGGCUUUGCUCAGGUUGCCAUUGACUCUCAAGUGCCAGUAAUUCCAAUGUUUACUCAGAACGUACGGGAAGGCUUCCGAUCUCUGGGAACACUGAGAUUGUUCCGCUGGCUCUAUGAAAGAUUCCGUCUUCCUGUUGCUCCAGUUUAUGGAGGAUUUCCUGUUAAAUUUCGGACCUUCCUUGGUGAUCCAAUUCCUUAUGAUCCAAACCUAAGUGCUACAGAACUGGCAGAGAGAGUGCAGCAGGCCGUCCAGUCUCUGAUAGACAAGCACCAGCAGAUCCCGGGCAGCAUCCUGAGAGCCUUGUUAGAGAGAUUUCACAGCAAAGACAAAGACCAUUAACACCAGCAGCACAUGAGACAAACGUCCAUUUUGUGACCAAACAUGGUGUCUGAUUGGCUGAGAUGGGCCCGGCACGCAGAGAUAUUCACUGCCCUGAAACAUUACAGACUGAUGGAGCUUCCCUCUACAUACAGGUUUUAUUUUGCACAUGUCAUUUAGUUUAUAUAGGCUGUGAUUUUCAUCUUUGUAUUCUCAGUCCCGAGCUCUACUACCUGAAGUUAGAUAAGACUUAAGUUGUCACACCUCAGAGGAGAGAAAGAAAAGAUUUGCACAAACUGUUCUCAUGCCAUCAAAUGUGAUCAGUUACUGUCGUGAUCCAGAGAAAAAGUGAUUUACUUUAUUUAUGUAAAAUAAGCUCAAGGGAUUCUUAAUAAAUUUGGUUUAUUAUGAUUUAAAGCAACA